GGUAAUGCAGUAUAUGAUUGACAGUUGAAUAAUAUUUCAGCUGACUUUUCUAAGGCCGCUAAUGUUGUUUAGUAUAAUUUAACAAUAAUUUUGAUAAGUUUAUGUUCCUAGCCAAGCAGUAAAUUAAUAUUAAACAAUUAUAAAUCUAAGUACUGGAUGAGUACAAUAACACAAUGUUAAGACAGGUUAUAUGCGGUUUUCAACGUGCAAUAACUAUACAAACAAAUUGCACACCGCAGGGCAUUAUUGCACUUCAGCAUAAACUUUUUCAUAAUGAAAACCAUAUGACAUUAUGUAAAAAUAACGGUAUAGCGUUAAAUACACAGGAUGACUUUAAAACCAAUACAUUAUAUGAUAGCGAUACAGAUUAUAUUGUACCCUAUCCAAGGGACGAGGAGGGCCGAAAAAAUGGACAUGUAUUUGUCGCUGCAUUGCGUACACGUUUUAGAUUAAAGAAUGAUGAAAUACGACAAAUACUUAAAGAUGAGACAGUACAGCGUGCCUGCCGUGAACGAGCCUUAGUAUAUUCAUUAGACAUACUGCUUGCAGAGGGUGUGAGUAAGGCUAGCUGUUUGGAGUAUCCAUGGCUUCUAACGAUUGAAAAAUCACGCUUGGAACUAAAGUUAAAACAAUUAAAAUUAUUAAAGAUGCGAGAUAUAAAUCAUUGGGUGCCUUUCUUGAAACUUAGUGUAACACGUUUACAUUCACUUUGUUCUGGUUUACGUCGUGAAGCAGAUAUAGUUCCUUAUGGCAAUCGUGUUUAUUAUAUAAGUGAAAAAUUAGGAGUUGAUCCUCAAGUGGUAACAAAAUAUUUGUCAAAACGUUUAUUUAUAUUAGAGAUGCCUUUCGAUAUUUUUGAAUCAAAUCUGAAGCAUAUGAUUGACUAUAAUGUCUCACCCAUGAAUUUGUUAAAAGAUUUAUGGGCGUUUCGUUAUACACCAAAAUCAGUAAAAAAUCGUCUAGAACGUGUAAAGGUUGCCAAAAAAGAGAAAGUUAUGCCAUGGAUGAUACGGUGUCCGGAAAAUAUAUUGCAGAGGUCUAUAAAACUAACGCUAGACGAACUGGCAGUGCUAGGCAAUAAAACUGUAGCAAAAUACUUGGGCGAACGCUUGCAAUUCACUGAAGUUGAAGCUAAAGCUAUAAUGGCAAAACAUCCGCAAGUACAACGAGUUAGAGUAACUAAGAUUAAGGAGGUUUUGGAUUAUUUACUGGGAGAAGGUGGUUUCUCGCGUUUCGAUAUUGCACAAGUGCCGCGUAUACUCUGUCAUAGUUUGGAAACUACAAAGUUUCGCAUUGAAGAGUUGAAAUCAAUAGGUUGUCGUCCGAGCACAUUAGUAAUAAUUUGUCGCAGUAAACGAGAAUAUGAGAAAUUUGUAAAGCAGUGGAUGGAUACCCGAAACAAAUCACAUACUUUCAACGAAUCCGCAGAAGACAAUAAGUCCACGUAAUAUGAAAUAUUAGUAAGGCCUGCAACGCUCGUUAAUUUUGAAUUACUUUGCUAAACCUAAUAUACGUAAAAAAAGUUUAAACACGCUUCACCAUAUAUUUCAGCUCUUCAAUACUUUAAAGAUCGCUUUAAAUGUUAAGUUGAAAAUCACUUUAUUGAGUUUAGUUUUACAAUAAAAAAAAUAAAAUUACUUUAAGAUUAGAUGCAGAAAAACUAACCAGAAAUACUUUGUAAACUAAAAUGUAAAAAAUAUUUGUUAAAAAGAUUACCUAAAAUGUUUG